AUGGAUGACCAUAAUGAUGAUUUUUCCAAGAAUCAAAAAUCAACAUGGAAGCAGAAGUUAAAUAUAAACUCAAAUUUCAAUGAUGCGCUUUUACAGCAAUUACAACGGAUACUCUCAAAUAUUGAUCUGAUCAACGAAGGGGUUGCUAACAACUAUCAGCCAAUUAUAGAAUUUUUUGAGAAGGGAUUUUGUUUUCAGGUAGUGCAAGGUUGGUCGUAUUAUGCUCAGAUUAACAAUCAGAAUAUGUUUGCUGAUUGUUCAAUCAAAUUAUACAAGACGUUGGAAGUUUUAGAUUCCAAUUCUAGCGUCCAGCAAUUCGGAACCAUUUUAAUCAAAGAAAUUUUGGAUAAUUAUUCGAAGGUGUUUUAUAGAGGUUUAAGUGCAAUGAGACCAUCUGUGACAAAUCCAAUCAUAAAAUUGAUGAAACAAAUUAUAUUGUUCCAUAAUGGGCAACAUGUUGAUGAUUUCUUGACUUAUUUUGAUCUUUCUAUUACAAGCAUACUGAAAAUUAUGACACCAAAUAAGAUUGAGUUGAAAGAUACAAGCUUUCCGCGGAAAAACACACAUUACAGUAUGCGAGCCAAUUUUAUUACCUUCUGGAUUCAACUUGUGAAGAAUGCCCAUCCAUUGCUGAGAAUGAGCAUUCUAACCGAAAACCAGAAGAUAAUGAGCAAUUGGUUUAAGUACAUCAUAAAAGUGGAUACGUAUGAGCUAUUAGAUGCUACUCUUGAUGUACUUACAGAAUUUGUGUUGAAAGAAAAAUCAUUUAAGAAAUCCACCAAGUGUAAGAUUUUAAAUGAACACAUACUCAGUAAACUACAUGAACUUUAUUACUCUCCAAACAAAAAAUUAUUGCAAAAAGCGGAUUUAUUCUUCCAAGCAUAUGGCGUAGAUCCUCAAUUCAGUGUUGUGUUUCCUGAUGACAAGAUAUGGCUGGAUGAAUGUAUUGAACAAAAACAAGGUGGCCUUGGUGUUACCAUAACGGUCAACAACAGAGAAUUUCAGUUGUACAACAAGAUAGUUUAUAAAGUCUUAACAUUUUUUAAACCAUGGGAGGAUGAGUUACAAUGCAAUACUGUUUUAAAGGUUCUUCGUAAUGUUCCUGAACUAGUUGCUCCAUAUUGCAACUUCUUAGCUUCACAUGGUUAUCAUGAUCCAAAAAUGACAUCCUACUGGUUUAGUUUAACGUUGGUAUUGGGGAGGAUCAUUAAUUUACCAAUACCACCUAGGUUGUAUGAGAUUCAAACAAAUAAGACUCCAAAUAUGAGAUUAGUUAUGGAAAACGUACUCCCAUCUUCGAUUUCGAAGACAUGCCUUUCUAAAAGCAUUCAACAUGAAGUGCCUUUAAUUAAACAAAUGGGCUGUCAACUUUUGAUCUUCUCGCUUAAAAAAUUUGACCUUAUUCAACAAUUGUAUGAUAAACAUGGCUGGGAUUCAGGCAAGGCCUUAUUGAAUAGUGCAUAUUACAAGUUAUUACCUGAUCUCACGGUUAUUGUGUCUACCCUUAACGAAGUUUACAAUAAAUCCAAAGAAAAUAAGGUAUUGUCUCUAUCUUUGACUAAAGUUUUAAAUUACUAUGCUAGCUUGUUUCCUAACUAUUUUCAAGUAACGUUACCAUCUUCAAACAUCUUCUUAGAUAUUAUGGGACAAGAAUCAUUUCAUGGCUGCGAUGUUGUUAUAUUGGAUAACUUUCUCCAAUUUCAGGAAUUGAAUAGUUCUCAGGCUAAAUGGUGGCAUUCUACCAAAGACAAGCACUCUUUAUUCAGUUCUCUAUUGCGUAUGGCAUCUUCCAAAAAUUCAAUCCAUGCCAUAUCUACCAAAAUCUCAAACUUGGUGGAUAGACUUUUACAGUAUACCGUUUUUAUGAAUACUGAGCUUCUUCUUGCAUCUCCAGUUUUAUGUUUAAUAAAUACCCUUUCUACUGUAUCCCGGGUUAGUGAAAUGGAAAACGACUCAUCAUCUGAAACCUUGUGGAAGCUUUUGGAUGAAACGAUCUCAAGAUGUAUUAAAUUUCCUUAUAAGUAUGUGGACAUUGCUAAAGACUACGAUAAUGUAUCACCUUUUAUUGUUGCUUUAUGUGAACAGUGGAAACACGUUGAUAGAGAAUCUCCAAAUAAUGUUGCUGCCGAAUGGCUUUUGUUAUUCCUAAGAGGAAUGGUUAUUAUUGGUGAAUCAUCCACAGGUAUUUGUAGGUUAUCCACAACUUUAGAAGGUAUUGAAAAGUCACUCAUAGAAGUAUAUUUGAAUUUCUCUGCUUAUGAAAGUUGUAUUCCACUGUUAUCUGAAAAAGACUAUUUAUUGAGUUCAAGCUCCGAUUUUUCGUUUGUUGACUACAUCAGUCUAGUUGACAUUUCAGAAAUAGCCAAUAUUACAAGGUAUCCUGUUAAUGAUUUGGAUGUUGCAGGAAUUUUAUUUCGUGUUCAUACCAUAUUACAAGCUGAUAGUAUCCAAUUCAGUAAACACAGGUUUCCGAUCAUUUUGGAUUCGCUCUUAUCAAGGGUUGGAAACUACGCCCUCAUUAAUGAGAACUUUAAGAAUAAAUUCAAAUCUAGAAAAUGUUUUGAGAAACUUGUCUUGAGUACUCAUUUUGAUACUAAUGAUAUAAAAAUAUGCGAAAAAUAUGUUUACUCUACCCAUGUCCUACUCCAAAUAUACAAACAAUUAGAUACAGAAAUCGAUGAGUUUGCUCAAUAUGCCUUUGAAUUGGUUAAAGAGAAUUUUAGUGCUUGGCAUUUAGUUGGUAUUUUUAAGGAUAUAUUGAAUGAGUUAUGCACCGUGAUGUCUACCAAACAAUUGAGCUAUUUAUUAGAAGAAGAAGUGAUUGACGAUAAUAUCACAAUUGCUUUUAUCUUGAGAAACCUUCAUACCAAUAACGUUAGUAUUUCUGGUGAAUUGUUCAUUAAACUAGCUCACCGUUCUGAAGAAGAACUGAAUUCCGUGCUUGGAGGAUUCCUCCAAAAACAAUUGGUUAACAAAUUAGAGUUGAACCUAUUAUAUGAAGAAAGUUUGAAAAGCUCUUCAAAAAUACACUUGAUUCAGCAUUCCUUGGAUUACUCUGGUGCUAUUGAAGUUCUUAAAAGAUAUUUGGAAGGUAUCGAAGACUUUAAUAUACUAAUUGGAUUGGCUUCUAUCCUUCAACCAUCUGAUGACCGUAUUAUAUUGCAGUUUCUGGAGAAGGCUGUAGCAUUAGCGCUAAAAAAUUUUGCAACUGUUGAAAAUAAAAUGCUAAAAGAUUCUCUUAAUUUAUUUUGCAGCUGCCAUUCAAUGCUAUCCAAUGAGGAUAAGAAUUCCAUUAUAGAAUGCAUAACGUCCAACAAUGAGUUGAGAUUCACGGAACUAACUGUAAAGUUUAUUACAAUCUGCUUUCCCUCAGAAAAAAACAUUAUCAGAACCUGGUUGAAUAAGAUGAUACUAUUCAUAACAAAAAAUUUGGCAGAAAAUCAACGACUACAUCAAGAUUUUAUUCAGUUGCUGUCGCAAUUUAAAUACUUUGCCUUAGAGAAUAACAUUUGGACGCUGGCUAAUAAAAAUUCAGUAAAUUCUCAGCUUGAGGUCUUGCUUAGCCGAGAAUGGGUUAAACAUGAUGACAUCUUAGAAUAUGCAAGUAUUUUAAUAUUGGGUGGCAUUAGUACAUCGAUAGAGAGCGAGAAAUUACUGCAAAUAUUUAUCAACAAUAACCUUGUCCCUGUCUAUGACCGGAAUGCGGCUAAAUACUCUCAGUAUUUGUCAAUGGUUAUUAUUUCUAACUUAUUCUCAAAAGACGUUUCAAAAAACUCAAGCACAUCUCUUCAGGAAAAGUUGUUAACGGUCUAUGGUGGCACAAUAAGACCUCAUGAUAGAUUGAUAUUACAAAUUUUAGAAAGGAUUGAGGCAACUAUUUCUGUUUCAUGGAUUAAUCAUAUUUAUUCGUGGGAAUUUUUGGAUUCCCUGACAACUACAGAACGAGAAUUGAUUACACUACCUAAUUUGAUUGAGAAGAAAAAUGAGGGAUAUCUAGUUACUUUGGAUAAAGAUGUACUUGAAAAUUCCAUUCAAAAUUAUCCCAAGCUUGAUUAUAUUGGUUUAGAAGUAGAAAUUUAUUCAAACACCUCCUGGCAUAAAAUUCAAGAAUACUUCAAACAAUUUGAACUUUCAACAAAGAGUUCUAACUACCAAGUAUAUGACGCACUAUUUGUUUUGUUGCUUGUCAUCAAUAAUGAUGAAUUAGUCAGACAGCAACUUACUGAUGAUGGGCAUAUUAAUUACAAGUUCGAAGUAAAGACGCUUUUGGACAGUAAAAUAUUUCAAUUCGUAAUUAUGUCUCUUUCUGAUUCUAGACCUGAAGUGUCUAAUAUCGCAUUUACUAUUGUUGAACAAAUGCUAGGUUCCUUGCAAGGUAAGAGUCAGUUUAAAGGGAGUAACAUAUUUAAGAUCUUAUUAACCAAGAUAAUCUACACAUUUACUCAAAGCUCCAAUGAACAGAAAAUUAGUUUGGGCGAUGUACCACCAAUUAUAUGGUAUGCAAUUUCGAGAUUGAUAGAUAAUUUAACCCAACCGCGAUCAUCCUUGUAUGAAAAAGCCUAUCGUUGGGUUUUAUCAUCUCCAUUAAUUAAUGUCAAAGAUGUGCCGUUACUCAAACCCAUCAUAUCACCCCAAAAUUCUGAAGACAGUGAGAAUUAUUAUCGAAACUUACAGUGGUUGUUAGAUACUCUGAAUAGAGGCCUUCGUUCAAAAAAUGAUGUCCAUCUAUUGAAGUCUAAGAAUUUGUUUGAGUGGUUAAUGAACCUCCAAAAUUCUCCCUAUCUAAGCAUGAAAUCAAGAACAGAUAUCAACUCUAUUAUGUUCAAAGCUCAACGAAUUGAAUCAGGUGGUUCAAUAUUGAUUACUAGAUCUGCUGGAAUUGCUCAUGUGGAACAACAGAAACUAAUAGCUGCAAGAAGAGUCCAUGAAUUAAUAUCUAUUCCGACAGGUAGCUGGAAGAAGAAUAAAAUGGAAGAAAUGACAUUCAGACAAGAAAAGCUAAAUAAUCAAGAAUUGGCUUUAGGUUACUCCGUUAUAGUUGGAUCCCAGAAAAGACUCAAAGAAUGGUGUGAAGAUGAUGUAGGUAGCAUCAUCAAGAAAAUACGUCAGUGA